UGUAGGCCUAUAUACGAGCACCAUGUUUUUGUAAAUUGAAGCAAACUACUAAGCUGCUAUUGCCCCAGCAGUUUCAUAAUACAAAAAUUGCAAUUGAAGGUGUUUUGCAUCUUCAAGUAUGACGUCAUUGAUUUUGUGACAAAGUGUAACAAUGGAAGAAAUAAUGGACAACCCCGAAGGAAUAAAUUUUAAAAUUUUUGGUAGCUUCGUAUCACGGCUUAUUUUGAUUUUAAGUCUGUUCAAAGGGCAGUCACGUCUCCCAUAAAACAGAAGCAGCUCUCCAACUUCAAAUACAGGAAAAAAAAAUCAAAUAUUUACAGUGGAGCAGUUUUAAUAAAACAUUAUUAAAAAGUAUUUGGGCUUAUAAUUUUAAAACUAGAAAAAAAUACACUUCAGUCACUUCCUUCUAUAAUGAUACCAUUUUCCAGAAUGAAAGUAUACUUCAUUAUCCUGAUUUGCUUGCUGCUCAUUUUUUUAAGGAUUGGAGAAGAGAAAGAUGAUGUUGUCAGUUCUGGUCCUAUUGACAUUUCUUAUCAGCAGAUUUUGUUUGAAAAAAUUGAAAGUCAUAGAGAAAAACUACAGACUUUGAUGGCAAAGUUAAAAGCAAUGAUUUUAGCAGAAGGAAUAGCUAAAUUGGCAUUUACUAUAAAUUUAAAGCCACCAAAUAAUGUCAAACUGAUUGGAUAUUUUAAAAGCACUGGAGCUGAAAUAUCACCAGAAAAUGAAUCAGUAAAUGGUGACAAUGUGAAGAAUAUACCUGAACAUGUUGCUGCAAUGUUUGAUAGUAAAUUGUUACGUGAGGAAAAGAUUGAAUUAGGUCAAAACUAUCUUAUUUCUUCUACCAUUUGUAUGAUAAUGUUGUUGCAUCUGUUUGUUAAAAAUAACUUUUUUGUAACAUAUUCAUUUCAAGACAAGAAAAACAUUGUAAAUAUUCUUCAAAGAUUUUUUAAUGCAACUACUAAUGAUGAUAUACAAAGUAUUAAGAGCUCUACUAAAUCACCAUUAUUUGGCAAGUUGUCAGAUAAAUCUGGCCAGUUGGACAAAUGGCUAAAGCAACCUGAAGGAUUAUUUCUUAGACCCUCAACUGACCAGUGUGUGUAUUCAAUACUGCAACCAAAUUUCCUGCGCUUGGCUUCCUACAGGGACAUAUCAUGUGAAGGCCAGUUCAGCUCAGUCUCCUUCACCAGACUCUCAGAGGCGGGUUUCUCUCACCAGGGUGGGGGAUCCUCUGUACAGUGUCAGGGCUGCUCUAGGGAAGUUCCAAUCAGAGACUUCAGCAGAGGGAACUACAUGGUGGACCCAAAACAUCAGAACUUUCACUUCACUGGGUGUCAGUUUGUUGACAGUCAAGGCAGCAAUGAUUCAGGAUUUACUGACUUUUGGAACAUUGAUCCAAGCAAUUCACACUCUACAACCCAUCAAACAAGUGAUGAAUUACAAACAACAACCACUCUGAUGAAUGAUGAAGCACUAGCUACAACCCAUCAAACAAGUGGUGAGCCUCAAGCAAUGACUUCAGCCACAGCUUCUUCUAAUACAAUUGAAGGCCAUAAUGAGCUAUUGGCUGACAAUAUUGUUGAACAUAGCAACCAGCCAAUUUUGAAUCAAGAACAUAGUGCAGAAGGUAGAAACAUAGCCAUGGUUUGUCUUGAUCAUGUACACAAUCAAACACCAAUAACAAGCAAUAGGGGAUUAGAAACUGGUCAUCCAGCCAAUACAGAAAUAAAAACAAAUCAGCCUAUUAACAGUGGGAUAGAAACAAAUCAACCAAUCAGCAGUGGGAUAGAAACAAAUGAGCCAAUCAACAGUGCUAUACAAACAAGUAACCCAGUUAAUUGUGAGCUACAGACCAUCUCUGGGGCAACAGCAGGUGAAACUAAUUUCUCUGGCUUAUGUGGAUCAAAUUUUGUGAAAUCUAAUGGAAAAAAUUAUCCUGUUGUUGAAAACCCUUGUGACGGUGAAGGCGAACAGAUUAAGAAAGAUGAUCCAAAAUGGCAGGAACCACUGCACAGAAUGGAAUGCAAAAAAAAUCCUGGCCACUUUGCCUACUUCCCAUUGACAAGCCUGACCCCCGAGCAGUUGCCUUCACAGUGUCGAAACACAGAAUUUCUGGAACUGCUCAAGCUGUUUGGGAAACUGACGGUUAGAGUUGUAGUAAAUCAAGACUCUGAUAUUAGGGUUGGGACCGGCAUGGUUUCUUUCAUUACAAACUUUGAAGAGAACUCUGAACCAGCUGAAGCUUCUCAUGGGGGCAAAGGUCAUGGAGUGAAAAAGUUUUUAACCAACGUGUUAAAAAAACCUAAAAAAGAGAAACUCUACAUUGAGGUAAACUGGCAUGUGGUGCAGACGGAUGAAGAAGCUGCUAAGACAACUGUAGAGUUUUUUUAUGAUCAGCCCUCCAGGAGAGGUGUCAAAGAGAUGAAAGGAAAGUACAUCCUGCGCAGCACCAAGCUAGGCGAGAACAUCUCCAUCCUAGUCUGUAAGACAUCAGACUCUGGUCUGGUCAGAGACAUCAACCAAACUAAAGAAAAAAUAAUAGCAGCAGUGGACAAACUCCCUAGGAAAAUUAAAGAAGUGCUGACAAAGAAGAUUUUUAUCAUUAACCAUCCCCAUGGCAAAGAAAAAGUUUUGUCUUAUGGCGACUCAGUACCCGUCAAAUACGAAAUCAAAACACAGACCAACAAUGGAAACACUCAAUACAAAAUUGAAAAAUUAAACAGAAACCAAGUAGGGCAAGUGGAUGUUGACAAUGCACGCAAGGUGUUGCUGUAUGCGGCAGACACCUGCAAAGGCUCAUCAGGAGCUCCAGUCAUCUCCUUCCAGUAUGGGCAGCCAGAUGCUAGGGGUCAGAAAAAUCUUCUCUUGCACCUAUGGAUGCACAAUGGAGUCGACACCAAUUACAGUUUAAGUGGCUCUGUCUUCAAAACUUGUGUGAUAAGUGAUUUUCAAAACACCUCAACACCCAACAAUGGUGAAAGUCAGUCAGCCACAAAUCCUGGCAACUCAGAUAGUGAAGAUGAAGAAGGUCCUGGGCAGCAGCAAGUGAACUCUCCAGUGUUCAAAGUCCUGAGCCACCCAUCCUACCCUGCCUACAUAGUGUUUCAGAAAAGGCUGGAUAGCUUAAACAACUGGCAGUAUCAGACAAUUCACACUCCAGAGAGCCUGGCUCAUGCAGGAUUCUUCUAUGCUGGCUACUCAGAUUGUGUGCGCUGCUUCCAGUGUGGUCUGGGCCUCAAGUCCUGGAAACCUGGGGAUGACAUCUACACUGAGCACCAGAAGUACCGGCCUGAGUGUCCAUUCCUGGUCUCACAGCUCAAGGCUGGACAUGGACCAGUUGCUCCCAACUCCAGUCAGACAGUGGUGUCAAAUGCUACCCAAUAUCACAAUGAUUCAAAGCCAACUGGCAGUGAGAGUUUAAAUUUAGCUGACCCCACAACUGCUACAACACCACAGGCUACAAGCUGCAACAGUGCAGCCACAACUCCAGCAGAUGUUAACAGUAGAAAGCAAUCAACAAAAGACAGCAAGUUAACUCUUCUAGAAAAAGAAAAUAAAAAACUACAGGAACAGCUGACAUGUAAAGUGUGCUUCAAGGCACCAGUACAAGACUUGUUCCUGCCUUGUGGAGAGCUCUAUGCUUGUACAGAAUGCUCCAAACUGCUGACCCACUGCCCAUCAUGCAAUAAACAAAUUCUGGCCACAGUCAAAACAUACUUUAGUUAAAUAGGUUUCAAAAUAAUAACUGGAUGCAAGAUAAAAUGUAAUUUUAAAUUUAAUUAUAUAUUUUUUUAGUGUUAUAAAAUAGUUUGUGAUAUUUCUAUCUAAAUAGGCAUACAUUUUUUUUGUAAAAUGUUUUAGCAUUACAUUACAUAUGUCUAAAGUUAGAAGCAUUGUUGAUGAGUAAUUAAGUCAUGUAGCUCUAUUAGGGAAUUUAGCAAAUAGAUCUGAAUGUUUGUUAUUUAAUCAUUAUUUUUAGGUGCUUAAUUUUAUAUGUUGUUAUAACUUUGUCAUUAUGGCAAUACUCAUAUAUACCUGGGUGUUUUUGAUGUGUUUACUGUGUUGUAUUAUGUGUUUAUUGUGUUGUAUUGUGUGUAUAUGAGUUUAAAAUAAACAUGUGUUAUACACAUCAGUCUUAUAUAUCA